AUUUCGUAUUUCCGCCACCGCCAUUUUAUGUUGCAUUUGUGUGCAGCCGCCGCACAAGCAGAACGCAAAACCACCGCGUCUCUGCGUUUUUCAUUCACAACCACUGCCGCACAAGCACACCUCAGGGCGCCGCCACCGAGUCUGGCCGCGUGCUGCCUCUCGCGGAGUCUGAACUCUGUAGCUCUCCAUCGGCGGCGAAACUCAUUGCUCCCUUCGGCCGUCGCUUGCUGUUCCUGAACCGUCCCUGAAUUUCUCCAGUCUUCACGGUCUGCUUUCACUUUCAGGAACUUGUUCUUGACAACCUUGUGUGUGCUGAACAAUCCUCUUCUAAUUCUCCGGAUUCUACCAGUAUAUAGGUAACUGCUAUAUAGAUUCACCAAAAAAAUUAACGCUUAUAGAGUUUCAAAUGGUGCAAAAUUUGAACACCAAAAUACCCAACCAAACUGCAUCAAUGGACAACAACAGCAAGAAGAAGAGGAAGGCACAAACUCCAGAGGCCAAGUUCCAAUUCGAGCUCAACUCAUGCUCCAAAUCCAAGGAUCUAAGCGCUGCCAUCUCUGUAUACGACGAUGCCGUUUCGACCAAUACUCGCAUCAAUCAGCACCACUUCAAUGCCUUACUCUACCUCUGUUCCAAUUCCGUCAACAACGUCUCGCUCAAAGACACCGCAUUGCACCACGGAUUCCGCAUUUUCGAUCACAUGACCAGCCUCGGAAUAAACCCCAAUGAAGCCACCCUCACCGCUGUUGCCAGGCUUGCCGCUGCGAAAGGCAAUGCCGACCGCGCAUUUGAGCUCGCGAAGGCCGUUCAGAAUUAUGGCUCUGCCCCUAGGCUGAGGACUUUUGACCCUGCUUUGUUCGGAUUCUGUGAGCUUGGAAAUUCCGGUAAGGCUUAUGAGGUGGAGGAGCAUGUGAACGGUUCUGGUGUGACACUCGAGGAACCACAACUCACGGCGCUGCUGAAGGUGAGUGCGAAGAACGGGAAUGCAAAUAAGGUGUAUGAGUAUUUGCACAAGCUAAGGAGCUCAGUGAGGUGCGUUAGUGAAACGACGGCGUCUGUGAUUGAAGAGUGGUUUCACAGUGGAAAGGGUUCUGAGGUUGGUUUGGAGGACUUGGCUCCUGUGAAAGAAGGGAUUUUGCGAAAUGGGGGAGGGUGGCAUGGUCAAGGGUGGGUUGGGAAAGGGGACUGGCUUGUUAGAAGGACCAAUGUUAGUGCUGAAGGACGUUGUUGUGGUUGCAGCCAGCAAUUGGUUUGUGUUGAUAUCGAUGACGAGGAGACAGGCAAGUUUGCACGUUCUGUUGCUAAUUUGGCACUGGAAAGAGAGGUCAAAGCUAAUUUCAGUGAAUUUCAGGGCUGGCUUGAAAAACAUGCGUGUUAUGAUGCUAUAGUGGAUGGAGCGAAUGUUGGGCUCUACCAACAAAAUUUUGCAGAUGGUGGAUUUAGCAUUUCUCAGCUUGACGAUGUAGUAAAAGAACUUUACAAUUGUAGCGGGAAAAAAUGGCCACUGGUCAUCUUGCAUAACAAGCGAAUGAGAGGGCUUAUGGAUAAUCCAUCAAGCAGAAGGGUGGUAGAGGAGUGGAUGAAUAAUGGUGCGCUCUAUACGACUCCAACUGGAUCCAAUGAUGAUUGGUAUUGGCUUUAUGCUGCUGUAAAACUCAGAUGCUUGCUUGUGACAAAUGAUGAAAUGCGGGAUCACAUAUUUGAACUCAUAGGAAGCAACUUUUUUAACCAGUGGAAAGAAAGACAUCAAGUUCACUACACAUUUGUUAAAGGAAACCUGAAACUUCAAAUGCCACCACCAUACUCAUUGGUCAUCCAGGAAUCAGAAAAAGGGUCAUGGCAUGUGCCUUUAGCACUGCACACUGGUGAUGAAACUUCAAGGACUUGGCUGUGUAUUACCCGUCAAAGUUCUCAGGAUGCCGAAGCUAAUGUUUGCAAUAGUGUGGAUACUCCUAACUUCAAUCAUCAUAACACAAAGGAUGCCGAGGGACCACAGGAAUUUUCAAAUGGUGUCGGUAUCAUGGAUUCCCAAGUUGAUGAGAACAACACAACUUCCUUGACUGGUAAAAGAAAAGAGAGGUCUCCUCCUUUGUGACAAAUCUUUCAACGUGAAUGAUUCUGUUUGAAGUUAAGGUGCUAUAUUUGCAAUUAUUUUAAAUCAAUUUAAAGGAGGGGCUUUAUUUUUUGGCCACCCAAGUUCAAUCUAUACAAUUUAAUCUCAUUGAUGUAAUUAUAUUUUGAUCGUUGUUGAGGCGAUGGAUUCAGGCUUAAUAUUAAGGUUUUACUUUUUCAUGGCAA